AUGAAAAAGGGUGUCUACAGCGCUCCAGCCUCCAAGAACGAGCAGCCAAACAGUAUUGGGGGCUACGGAAUGGCUCCCAUCUCUUGGGACCUUCCUGUCAAAGUUGACGAUCCUACCGGCGCUACCGCGACUGUCACCGGCACCAUCGAGGAAACGAUUGCGCAAAUGGAGGCGAGAUAUUCUGGACGGAACGCAACCUUUCCAGUCCUAAUCCCGACUAUAUCAGCCCACAUUUCAGCAGCAGCCGCCGCCAGGGACCCCGAGUCCUUCACGUGCGAUGUCCCCUUUGCCAUGGCCAGCAACAACCAGAUUUUGGAUGGGAUUCACUACCUGUGGGGUAUGUCAGGCACCGCAAAGAACGGACCGGGUCCUGGCAACUGUGGACGCGUCAGUUGCUUGUGGUGGGCAGCCAUCUGGUGCAAUGAUGAUGAUCACGAGCAGGAGGUCCAGUGGAAGCAGACUGGCAAUGGCGCAUACUCUCUGCGCCAGCAUGGAUGUGUCACGGACAACGACCUUCGUAUCAAGGGACAAGCGUUCUAA